UUUAAUUGUGGUCUUUUCUUAAUAAACCAGCAUUUCAGAAGAGCUUAGUGGUUAAAGCAAGCCAGUAGGUUGUGUGUAGCCCUGCUCCAAGCCUAGUAAUGUUGUGUGCCUCCAAGGCUAUAGUUAUAGACGAAAACUUUGGCCCACAAGUAAAAGAAGAAGCAAUGCCUUCCUUACAGCGUAGUGAUACGUGGGAGACGGAGAGAUAUUGUAUAUCUCUCGGUACUGGGCCUCGGUGGUGUUCCGACGCCCCCCACGCCGAGAUGUCUGAACUGACAGAGGGCAGCGGUGUGGGGAUCAGGAAAGAGCCCCCUGUCAAUGCCAAAAGCCCAUAUUUUGGGCAUUUAGGGGCUUUGGCACAGGCACAGGUUGCCUCGAACUUGUGCUUUAAAGUUGAAGUUGCCGAAGGGAUGCAGGUUACCUGGGAAACUAUGCUCGUUGAUGGCAAGUUGUUUGUGGAGAUACCCACCGGUAUAUUACCAGAAGGUUCUAAAGAAGGCUUGGUUACUUUGCUGGAAUUUGCCGAAGAGAGACUCCACUGCAAGAAUGUCAUAAUCUACUUCAAAAGGGAUCGCAACAACAGAAGUUCCCUCAUCAAGACUUUUAUGUUUCUUGGUUUCGAAGUGGUUCCACCCGGCAAUCCUCUAGUCCCGAACAUUGGCGACUUAAUCUUCAUGGCAUAUACCAUCCUAAGCGACGAUCUCUCAGACUGAUCUGCUUACCUCUAUUAAGAUUCUUUGACACUCAGGUUGCAAUAUCGUUCUUCUUUUUAAUCGAAAAAAAAAAACAAUUUUAAAAAAGACCAUUUUGCAUCAGGGAUACAGUUACCAUUAUUCUUAAGUGUGAAUCUAAAAAUAAAAUCUAUGGAUUUUUUUCCCCCCUUAUUUCCUUUUUAUUAAAAAUUAGUUUUGUAGAAAUUUAUUUGAAUUUUUUUUCUUUUUUUCUUGUGUCUAGAUAAGAUGUGAUUGCACAAAAAACUCAAAAAUUCAAAAAAAUAAAUAGCCCGAAAAAUACACAUAUAUAUAUAUAAUAUAAAUAUAUAUGUAUAUAUUAUAUGUAUAUAUAUAUAUAUAUAAUAUAUAUACAUGUCUUUAUUUUUUUAACAUUACCAUUUAAACAAUGGAGAUGUCCUUGCAACCUUUCUUUCCAAGAAUCUUACCCUCUGUCAAAGAAAAAAAAAAACAUUGUAUCCAUGAGUUAUAAAAAAAUUUAAAAAAUCACCCCCCAAAAAAAAAGAA